AUGAUUUGUGAUUUAGUUGAUUAUACUCUAAGAACAACUCCAAAUAAAGGAAGGUUUUCAUAGACCAACACAACAGCGUCUCCUAACAGUUCUAGCAACUCAUCUUUCGAAGCUUCCUAACUUAAGAUCCCACGACCUUUGUUGAGUUUUGAUGAAAAAUUUGAAGCUUCUCUUUGUGCUUUUGAGUUUAAAUUAUUAGUCCCUGAAGAAGAUGGCUUAAUAAAUUUUGAACAGUUCAGUUAAGAAUUGAUAUAAGACAAACUUAUAUUCUUGAACGAUGAAAAAUAUUUAUAAUAGCAAUAAGCAUCUUUAGAGAUCGUAGAAGAGAAUAUUCUUAAAGAUGAAAGAACCACUUUGAUGCUCAAAAAUAUACCCAGAAGCAUGAAGCCAAACGAUUUGAGAAAUAUUUUAAAUAAAGAAUUUCGUAAUCUUUAUGAUUUUUUCUAUUUGCCUUUAGAUAACAAUGUAUUUCAAAUUUUAUAAUUCAAGAAUGAAGGCCAUUUGGGAUAUGCUUUUGUUAAUUUUAUCAAUCAGGAUGUAGUAUUAAAGUUUUAUAGAACAUUUAAUAAUUAAAAAUGGACUAAUACAGAGAAAUAAAUUUGCCAAUUAAAAUAUGCAAAAUUGUAGGGAAGAAGGCUUUAUGAAUUUGCAAGAUGA